AUGGUUGACUUUAUGAGGGAUUGUGGAGGUGGGGGCUUGCGGCUGGACUUGCGGUUAGAGGCAUCCAGCGCUGCAGGAGCGGGGAGAAGCGCUGGGAAAGGCUCUUUGUUGAUUAUCAGUGAGAGGGGCGUGGAAGGCAUUUUGGUGAUUGGGUGGGGGGGGGGGGGGGAGGAUAGCUUGUUGCAGGAUUGCUAA